AAUCUCGUUAAACGUCAAAAUCCGUGAAUUGUUUGUUAUGAAUUUGUAGUAAAUCCAAGGAAAAAUAUAUUUCCUCUAAUUAAAAUAUUCUCAAAUCAAUAAAAAUGUGCACUUAAUAUAUUUGGUGGAUAUCUGACAUGAUAAUACAAUAAUUCGUGUGGAAAUGGAGUUGCUACCGGCAGAUCUAUAAUUUUGUUGUUUCUAUGAGGAAAAUCUACCAGUUAUCGCCAAACUUAUCACAUUUGUACUCAUAUUUCAUUUCAUAACGUAAACUUUAAAUAAUUGUAAAAUGUCGGCGUUACUGACUGCCGACUGGUUUCAGCUGGACUCCUAUUACAGGAAGUUCGACCUGUACACAAUGGUGUGGGAGAUGGACGAAGGGUUGGAGAACAUGAUAGUGAGCGGGGCUCCAUAUGGAGGUCCUAUCGCUGUGGUACGAGACAGGAAGCAGUUCGUGAGAAUCAUGACCACGUCCAAACCUGUCAUCACUAUCUAUAACUGUGUUGGGACUGUUAUAUCUAAAAUUUUGUGGAACAGUGGAGCUCUGGUGCACAUGGGCUGGUCUGACGGAGAGCAGCUACUAUGUAUACAGGAGAGCGGAGAUGUUUUGAUUUACGACAUGUUUGGUGCCUACCAGCGGACUUUCAGCUUAGGGCAGGAAGUCAGGGAUACCAAGGUAUGCAAGGCGCAGUUGUUCCCGAACCCACACGGGGUGGGGCUGGCGGUGAUCACCACCACCAACCGCAUGUUCCUGCUCAGCAACGUCGCCGAACCCAAAGUUAGAUCCGUGCCGGACUUACCCCGAGCCAACGAGCCCAUAACAUCAUGGUGCGUGCUCAGCACGGGGCUCCGCAACUCGGCCGUGAUCGGCUUCCUCGUGUGCAGAGACAAGGAGAUCUACAAGUGUCAGCUUGGAGAGUCGCGCGCCGUGCUCAUGCGUCCGGAUAUAAGCAACCCAUACACCCAGAUCCUGACAAUGGUGCCGUCUCAGAACGGACGCCACGUGGCGUUGCUGACUGACUCAGGGUUCCUCUGGCUCGGCUCCUCCGACUUCAAGAGCAAAUACUGCGAGAUUGACACCGGGUACAUCAAGCAGCCCAAGGAGCUUGUUUGGUGUGGAUCGCAGGCGAUAGUAGGCCAUUGGGACGACACGAUGGUCGUAUACGGGUUCAAUGGAAACGCGUACCCAUACCCUUACGACGGACCCUUCCAUAUCAUCCCUGAGAUGGACUGCGUACGAGUUAUAUCAGAGUCUACACACGAACUCAUUCAAAAAGUACCAGUGGUUGUUGAAAAGAUAUUUAGAAUAAACAGCGCAGCGCCCGGGUCCUAUCUAUUAGAGGCCUCUAAACAAUUUCAAAAACGCAGCCACAGAGCAGACGAGUACAUCCGCCUAGUGAAGCCAGACCUCUCGAACGCGGUGCAAGACUGCAUAGACGCCGCUGCCUUCGAAUUCAGUCCCGACGUUCAGAAGAUGCUGAUCCGCGCGGCUCAGUUCGGCAAGGGCUUCAUCAUAGACCCAGUACUGACCGACCACUAUGUCAAGACCUGUCGCUGGUUGAGGGUGCUGAAUGCGAUUAGGGAUCCCAAAGUCGCUAUUCCGCUUACUUUCUUGCAAGUACAGAACCUAGGUGAGCGCGUGCUACUAGACCGGUUGAUCUGGCGUCGCCUGCACUGCCUGGCCGGCCACAUCGCCUCCUACCUGCAGAUCAAGGAGGGCCACACCAGGGUGUUGUCACACUGGGCUUGCUAUAAGGUGACCCAGCCGCACCUAGACAACGAGAGCGCGGCGCGCGAGAUCGGUCAAAAGCUCCGCAACGUGCCGGGCGUGUCGUACGCCACCAUCGCGAUGAAGGCCGCCGAGAAGGGACGCAAGUCGCUUGCCAUCAAGAUCUUAGAGUACGAAACCCACAGCAAGUUGCAAGUGCCGCUGCUGCUAGCGUUAGGAGAGGGGCCGACUGCCCUGCUGAAGGCGACGGCGAGUGGCGACACCGACCUGGUGUACACCGUGCUGCUGCACCUUAAGGAGAAGAUGGGCAAACAUGAGUUUGAGCUGACCAUCCGAAGCUUCCCGCUGGCGCAUGCGCUGUAUAUAAAGUACUGCGCGAGCCACAACCGCGAGGCUCUGCGCAAGGUGUAUGUGCAAGAGGACGACUUCCACGGACAAGCCGCCACCCACAUCAGGGACGCCAUAGACCAAACUAACCCGGGCAGUGCCGAGGCCUCGCUUAUAUCCGCCCGGGAGUGCUAUAAGAAGGGCAAGAAUGACUUGGGAGUAUCAAUAUGCGAGGACGCGCGCAAGCUGUGCAAGCAGCAGUCGAGCCUGCAAGAGACGUACGGCGAGAGCUUCAUCGGGCUCUCGCUGCAUGACACUGUGCAGAAACUACUGCUUCUGGGAGAGGUGAAGCUCGCGGACAAGCUGCGGUCCGAGUACCGGAUGCCGGAUAGAAGAUACUGGUGGCUAAGGAUCUUGAUACUAGCAGAGAGGAGCGAGUGGGGUGAACUGGACAAGUUCUCCAAGUGGAAGAAGUCUCCAGUGGGAUACGAGCCAUUUGUGGACGCGUGUCUUAAACAUAACAAGAGCGAUGAAGCCCUCAAGUACCUGCCGCGGUGCCGAGACGAUAUCAAGGUCAAAUAUUAUGUUAAGGCUGGGUUCUACGAGGAGGCCGCACAAGUAGCGUUCGAGCAGAAGGACGAGGGAGCAUUAGCGUUUGUACAGAGCAAGUGUCCUAUCAGGGAGACCCUCAAACAGGAACGCAUCGCCGCGCUCAUCGAACAACUCGCCACCAGGAAGUAAUUUGGUAACUGGGGAGUUAAAAAGGCCACAUUUAAACAAUUGGAUAGUUUCCUAGAUCAAAGAUAAAUUAUGAAAUUCUGGUUACCAAAUAAACACAGGUCUAUGUUGUUUUAGUUUUCCCCGAUGGGCAAGGCAAAGGUAACUAUGCCCGUACAGCCAUGUCUUAUGUAUAUUUUUUUCUUGAUGAUGAUUAAUGAAAUGAUCAAAGGUGAUGACGAUGAAUGAUGAAACCUAAGCCCCCACCCUCGCAGCAGACUCCUACUCCGAACCCUAAACGAAUUAACUCAAAAGUUCGCUUAAACUUUUGAAUUAUAAAGCGGCUUGUUGUCACGAAGCGAAAAUAGAUAGGAACACUUUGUUUAUUGAAUAUUCCGAUGUAAUAACACUAUCGCGAAUGUUUUCCGACUAACUUAAUGCGAUCAUUAACCACAAAAAACCACUUCGUAUUAAUUAUUUAGAAAUGGUUAUUCAAUGAAGAAAGCAACCAUCCCGUUUCCGUUCCCACCAAAAAGUCCUAUGUCUGAAGGUGACAAAAAACGUUUUUCCUUUUUCUAUUUAACUUAUUUAUGAAUUUUAAAAAAGAAAAAUGUCUUAAUUAGUAGGACAUUUUGUCACGUUUUUCAAUAACGUCACAGGUUGGUUUUUCAUACAAAUUCCAUAGUCAUUUCGUGUUUUGACGUUUACUAAAAAGUAACUGGUUUGACUAGUUGGAAACUACCCUAUUCGUCUAAAAAGCAAUAAUGUAAUUUGACAUUUGCGCAUAUAAAAAUGCGCAAUGUCAAAUAACAAUAUUGCUUACUGGGAUGAAUUGCCUGAAUACCUAUAGCCUUUUUAAUCCCCCUGAUGUUUCUAACAAGUUUAUAUUGAGUACUAGCUUUGUGUAAAGUUCAAUUCACACGAGCGGUAACAAUCCAAGAGCGUUCUCAGCCAAGAAACGGGAGAUUUUAUGUAACCGCUGUUAUGAAUACGUGAAAAAUAAUCCCUAUUAAUAUUAUAAAUGCAAAAGUAAUUGUCUUUCCUACUUUUUCACGCCUUAACCGCUGUUCACACAUCCCGCAAAUUACUCUCUAAAAAGGUGAAAACAGGACAAAACUGCGGGUGAAAGGCUAUUAAAUAAUAAUACUAAUUCUAUUGGUUCAAAUAUCCGUCGAUAUGCGGUCAAAGGGUACAUACAACCUGGAACAUUCCAAAACCCUGCUCCCAGAACGCUCCCGCAUCGCCUCUGUAUAUUAAGAUACAUGAACCAGAGAGGUAAAAACGUCAGAAAUGUCUAAAUAGGUUUAUUAUUGCAAGUUCUUAUUCACGUAAUAAAAAUGAACAUAAAAAUAUGUAAAGACUCCUUUGUGAUACACUGCUAAUUUCUCCCUCGUUUAAAAAAAAAACAUGUUUAAUCAACUAAGAAAAUAUUUAUAUUGAUUCUAAGAUAAUUAUUAUGUAAGGACUGAUUACUGUAGAAUAACGUUACCUAUUUAUAUAUAAGCAAAUUGCAAAAUUAUAUAGCUUUAUUAAGUAAAAAAUAAAUAAAACAAGUGAUACGGUUGCAGUUGUUUUAAUCAUUUUAUUAUCGACACGGAGAGACAUAGUAUGACACAUCAAAUCACUUAAAAGCCUACUAAAUUAGGUAUAAUUAUCGACAAACCAUCUAAGCGUGUUAUGUCGCGUAACUAACGGAAUUACUUACAAUUACCAAUUAAAACCAACACUUAGAAUUUUCAUUACUUUUUUUUCUCGAAGUGAUGUAAGACUCUUGUAAGUAUGUGAUGUGUUGGAGCACAGUUUAAAAUUAGUUAUAUUAAAAUGUGAUGAAAACAAGAAUACAAGUUUCGCCAGUAAAAUGAUUGAAUUCGUAUAGAGUUCACAACCGUUAAUGGAAUCUA